AUGUCAAUAAACCUAGACUUAAUUCUUGACCAUCCUCCUCCUCUGGAUCCUGCAUGGCUCGCCCACGAAACAGCAGCUGGCCUUCUUACACAACCACAAGUCACACUCACUCCAAAACAGCGUCAACAAGGAUACAGUCAACGAUGUAAAGAUUUGAAUAAACUUCUCCUCAGUGGACAAGAGUCCCAUUUACAAAACGGCAUCGACAUCAAAGACACUUUCAUACCUUCCUCUAAAGUGGAUCAUCAGAUCGGAAUACGCAGCUACACUCCGUCGUCCUCGUUAAAGUCCCAAGAAGGUACUGCGACACCAACAGUGAUCUACUACCAUGGAGGAGGCCUUUACGUUGGCGACCUUGACAGCGAAGAUCUGGCAUGUCGGCGAAUUUGUCUCGCCCAAUCAUGUACGGUCUAUUCCAUCGACUAUCGCCUCAUGCCGGAAUUCACAGCUGACGAUGCUCUCUCUGACGCGUUAGAGGGAUUCCGACACGUUACCGCAUUACACACUGGAGGUUUGAUACUGGCUGGAAGUUCAUCUGGUGGUCAACUUGCUGCACAGAUAUCGCAGGUGGUGAUAGGAGAGGACAGAAAGAGGAUCAUUGGGGUACUACUUAGGGGACCAGUGCUCUGUGAUGCCACUUCUGGUGGCACGAAUAUCCCAACGAAGUUCAAGGAGUACCAUAAGUCUAUGUCGCCAGAGUACCAUACCUCCUUGCUGGCAGCCCCUGCGCUCAACAAAGAUAAUCGUACAAAAGAAAAGCUUCCAUUGGAAGUAGAAAAUCUGAGCGGACUACCAAGACACUGGGUACAGGUUUGUACUAACGAUGUCUACUACUCUGAUGGGGUGUGUUAUGCGGAAGCCUUGAGAUUGCAGGGCGUGGAAGUCAAGCUGGACGUUGUGGUUGGAUACCCUCACACGUUUUGGCUCAAGGCGCCAUUCCUAGAGAGAGCGAUGAAAGCCGAAAGCGACAUGAUAGAAGGGAUAAAAUGGCUGGUGGGGUUCUAA